CCGGCUCUGGCCCCGCGGAGCCGAGGCGAUGGCGGCGGGGCGGGAACGGGCUGCCUGCCUCCUGCGGCAGCUGCAGCGGGCAGCAUGUCGGUGCCCCAGCCAUAGCCACACAUAUUCCCAAGUCCCUGAACAGCCUACCCCGGGAAAUACAGACUAUGCAUUUGAGAUGGCUAUUUCAAACAUCCGAUAUGGAGAAGGAGUUACUAAAGAGAUUGGCAUGGACCUGCAGAAUCUUGGUGCUAGAAGAGUUUGCUUGAUGACAGACAAAAACCUCUCCCAACUCCCUCCUGUAAAGGCAGUAUUGAAUUCCUUGGCAAAAUGUGGUAUAAAUUUUCAGAUGUAUGACAGUGUCCGGGUGGAACCAACAGACCAAAGUUUCCUGGAUGCCAUCACGUUUGCUCAAAAGGGGGAGUUUGAUGCCUAUGUUGCUGUUGGAGGUGGGUCUGUCAUAGACACCUGUAAAGCUGCCAACCUCUAUGCAUCCAGCCCUACAUCAGCCUUCUUGGAUUAUGUCAAUUCUCCUAUUGGGAAAGGGAAGCCUGUCAGUGUGCCCCUCAAGCCACUUAUUGCAGUUCCUACAACAGCUGGAACUGGAAGUGAAACCACCGGUGUUGCCAUUUUUGACUUCAAAGAACUAAAAGUAAAAACCGGUAUUGCUUCAAGAGCCAUCAAGCCAACAUUAGGCAUCAUUGAUCCUUUACACACACUGUCUAUGCCUGAGCGAAUAGUGGCCAACAGUGGCUUUGAUGUGCUUUGCCAUGCUCUGGAGUCAUACACUGCUCUUCCUUACAACAUGCGCAGUCCCUGCCCUUCAAACCCAAUCAGCCGACCAGCUUACCAAGGCAGCAACCCCAUCAGUGACGUUUGGGCUCUUCAUGCUCUGCGUAUUGUGGCUAAGUAUCUGAAAAGAGCCAUCAGAAACCCUGAGGACCGUGAAGCAAGAGCCAACAUGCACCUAGCAAGUGCUUUUGCUGGCAUUGGCUUUGGAAAUGCUGGUGUUCACCUCUGCCAUGGAAUGUCUUACCCUAUUUCUGGUUUGGUGAAAACUUACAAACCAAAGGAUUAUAAUGUGGAUCACUCUUUAGUGCCACAUGGCCUUUCUGUGGUGCUGACAUCACCAGCAGUGUUUGCUUUUACAGCACAGAUAAAUCCUGAGCGGCACUUGGAAGCUGCAGAGAUACUAGGAGCUGACAUCCGCACUGCCAGAAUCAAAGACGCGGGGUUUAUUUUGGCAGACACGCUCCGGAAAUUCCUAUUUGAUCUGAAUGUUGAUGAUGGCUUAGCUGCAAUUGGUUAUUCUAAAGCAGACAUCCCUGCCUUAGUCAAAGGCACUCUGCCUCAGGAGAGAGUGACUAAACUAUCACCACGCCCCCAGACAGAAGAAGACUUAUCUGCCCUCUUUGAGGCUUCCAUGAAGCUCUAUUAGCUUAAACAAAAAGUGUGCUCUGUUCUAACACAAAGUGUACUGAAGCAGCCGCCACAACUGAAUUGGCAGGAAACAUUGUACAGCCAAACAAUAACAAUAAGAAGAGGAACCAUUUGACACAGCUCAAUGGAAUGUUAAUCAGGGUAUUAAAUUAACUGCUAGGAGAAGGGAUGAAAAAAAAUACUUUCCGUCUUUGGUUUCUUUUGAAAAAUUGCAUGUAUGUGGUUUUAGAGAACUUUAAAUACACCAAAUGGCAGCGGAUAUUUUUCUCAUUUAUCUGAAUGUGGGAAUUAAAGCAGGAACCAUACACGAGGUGGGAUAGUUAAGUGAAAGCAGAAGAAAUGUGACCGUGUCCCCUGGAGAUCCAUGUUAAUUCACUUUGCCCUGCAGAGCCACAGAGCUUGGUCCUGCAGCCAUGUGCACAGGCAGCACAUACACCACCAAAAUCUGAGGCUGUGCCCAUACUGUCAUCUGAGCUGCUGUAAAUGUUUAAUUUAAUCUAAUAUCACUGUAUCAUGAAAUAUAUAUAUCAUAGCACAAGCUCUGGUUUAUUGAUGUGGAAUUUUUCCUCUGUGUUCCCUGACUCGUGGUGACUUUGACCUACUUAACAAUGCACUUGUGCUUCUGCUGGGGUAGCCUGUUGGGAUGUUUGACCAUACAGCCUUAAAUUAGCAACUUGACAUUGCAAUGCUGAUUUACACCUCCAGUCAAAUGGAUAACACAUGUUAAAGACUGACUGUCAGCAGCUCCAAUGUGUUAUCACUUCAUUCUGUGGCAUUGUCGCUUGCCUUUAUGGGAUUUAAGGACACCAUUGUGUGGCAUUGUUGGUCAGGCUAUGGACACAGCUGUGAGGGGCUGACACUGUGUGUGGACUUUGUCAUCUAUCUAAAAGCUGACAUCACUUUCAAAAAAUCACUGUGAAACUUUGGAUGUUUAAGUGUUGCUGUGUAUUUUAAGACAGCAUUGGAAAUAAAGACACUUUUUUUUUCUGGCAUAAAAAGCA